AUGAGUUCAACAACUUCCAUCAAACAACCCGUCAACCCAUUGAAGAAACGCCGCAUUGCCGUUUUGACCUCCGGCGGCGAUGCCCCCGGUAUGAACGGCGCUGUCCGCGCCGUCGUGCGGAUGGCUAUCCAUAGCGGAUGUGAAUCGUUUGUCGUACAUGAAGGCUAUGAGGGAUUGGUUGCCGGCGGAGAUUUAAUCAAGCAGAUGCACUGGGAGGAUGUACGCGGCUGGCUAUCACGCGGAGGCACGUUAAUCGGAUCUGCUCGCAGCGCCAGAUUCCGUGAGCGUGACGGUCGUCUGCAGGCUGCAAAGAACAUGGUUCUCAAGGGCAUCGAUGCUCUAGUUGUCUGCGGAGGAGACGGCAGUCUGACAGGUGCCGAUCUCUUCCGCUCGGAAUGGCCGAGUCUGCUCCAGGAGCUUGUUAAAAAGGGCCAAUUGACAGAAGACCAGGUUCUGCCAUACACAACAUUGAACAUCGUGGGCUUGGUAGGCUCCAUUGACAACGACAUGUCCGGCACAGACGCAACUAUCGGCUGCUACUCUUCUCUUACUCGGAUCUGUGAUGCCGUUGACGAUGUCUUCGACACGGCCGCAUCCCACCAGCGAGGGUUCGUCAUUGAGGUCAUGGGAAGACACUGCGGUUGGCUCGCGCUCAUGUCCGCCAUCAGCACAGGCGCCGACUGGCUUUUUAUUCCAGAGAUGCCGCCGCGUGAUGGCUGGGAAGAGGACAUGUGUACUGUUAUUACCAAGAACCGUGAACGAGGUAAGCGACGAACAAUCGUCAUCGUUGCCGAAGGUGCCCAGGACCGCCAUCUCAACAAGAUCUCUUCCACCGCAGUGAAGGAUCUUCUCAGCACUAGACUAGGGCUCGAUACUCGAGUGACUGUCCUUGGACACACACAACGUGGCGGUGCUGCCUGUGCUUACGACCGGUGGUUGUCUACGCUUCAAGGCGUAGAGGCCGUUAAGGCUGUACUCGAUGUCAAGCCAGACUCUCCGUCUCCAGUGAUCGUGAUUCGUGAAAACAAGAUUGAGAGGAUGCCGCUCAUGGAUGCGGUCCAGCAGACCAAGGAUGUUACUGCUCGUAUUCACGCCAAGGAAUUCGAUCAAGCGAUGGAUAUGCGUGACUCCGAGUUCAAGGAAUAUUAUAGUGCAUACAUGAACACCACCACGGUAGACCAUCCCAAGUUACUGCUUCCGGCAGAAAAACGAAUGCGCAUUGCCAUCGUUCAUGUUGGCGCUCCCGCUGGUGGCAUGAACCCAGCAACGCGGGCAGCCGUUGGCUAUUGCUUGACUCGCGGUCACACUCCUAUUGCCAUUCACAACGGCUUUCCUGGCCUUUGCCGCCAUCACAACGACACGCCCAUCAGCUCAGUGCGCCAGGUGGAGUGGCUAGAAUCGGAUAACUGGGUCAAUGAGGGAGGUUCUGAAAUUGGAACUAACAGAGGACUACCGGGCGACGACCUCGAGGCCACGGCUAGAGCAUUUGAAAAAUACAAGUUUGGUGCGCUCUUCAUUGUCGGUGGAUUUGAAGCGUUCACUGCAGCUAGUCAGCUACGAAAGGGCAGAGAAUUCUACUCGGCAUUCAAAAUCCCGACUGUCGUGUUACCAGCAACAAUUUCCAAUAACGUUCCUGGCACAGAAUAUUCGCUUGGUAGCGACACCUGUCUCAAUACACUGAUUGAUUUCUGUGAUGCCAUUCGGCAAUCGGCAUCGUCCUCUCGGCGGCGGGUUUUCGUUGUUGAAACCCAGGGCGGAAGAUCUGGAUACAUAGCAACCACGGCCGGUCUUUCCAUUGGUGCCGCGGCUGUGUACAUUCCUGAAGAAGGUAUCAACAUCAAGAUGCUAGCGAGAGAUAUCGAAUUCCUCCGAGCCAACUUUGCAUCCGAUCGCGGAGCGAAUCGCGCCGGUAAGAUCAUCCUACGCAACGAAACCGCCUCGCAAACCUACACGACACAGGUGAUUGCGGAUAUGAUUAAGGAAGAGGCCGGUGGUCGCUUCGAAUCUCGUGCGGCUGUUCCAGGCCACUUCCAGCAGGGAGGCAAGCCGUCGCCAAUGGACCGCGUGCGUGCUCUACGGAUGGCAAUCAAAUGCAUGCAACAUUUGGAGUCUUUUGUAGGCAAGUCGCCAGACGAAAUUGCCCAGGAUGAAUUCUCAUCCUCGGUGAUUGGCGUCAAGGGCUCGCAGGUGCUGUUCUCCCCCAUGGGUGGACCGGGCGGUCUCGAAUUCACAGAUACCGACUGGGAUAAACGCCGCCCGAAGAACGAGUUCUGGCUCGAAUUGCAGGGACUGGUCGAUAUUCUUAGUGGGCGCUCUCAUAAAUACUCGACCCUGGUUGAGACCAAUAACCCCCGAGAGAACUGGGGCUGUUUUGAAACUACGUGA